UAAAUUUGAGAAUCAUACAUUAGAAGGUUUUUUGUUCUUACAUAAUUCACAUGAAAAUUUAUUCACCGAACGAUUCUAAAGUUAAUGUUCAAUAAUGGAAUUGGAACUCGAAAAUAUAAAAAGUUUGGAGGGUCUCCAAGACUGCGCCAAGCUGCCAUUAGACGAGAUUGAUCCAAUAUCCCGCACUUCAAGAUGCGAUAGGACUCUUCAUGAGAUCUUCCACGUCGAUGAGGAGGUCAGUUUUUCGUAUCUUGAAGAGGAGGAAAUGGAAGUUGAUCAGCUUACUGAAGAUGUAACAGACGAUGUAGAUCGGGUAGAAAAUAUGGUUACCGAUAUAGAUUGUCUAAUUCAAAAGAUCGAAGCAAUGCAAAUGGCGAUUAGGAGUCGUCAGGUAAGGGAAAGUAGCGAUAAGGUCACUGAAGAAUCGGUAGAACUACCCACGGAAAACCUAACCAAGGCCCAAAUAAUGUGCAAGGAGCUGGAAAAUGAGAAAAAGGAUCCUGAAAUAAAGGAAAAGUCCGCAGCCAAAGAACCCAAGAUCCAACCGCUGGCCGAACAGGAAAUUCUGGAAGCCAGAAGCCUUCGUCAAGCCCAUCAUGUCCUCCAAAAACAAAUAGACGAACUGAUCUGCAGAUAUCGAAAGUUCCGGGAAAUCAUCCACCAACUACGUGGAAAUAUUGACUGUAUGGAAAGAAAUCUUAUGGAUAUGAAUUCUAAGGCCGAAGAUCACCUGACUUGGGCUCAAGAAGUGGCCAAGGAGAUGAAAGUCUGCAAGGAGCGAUAUACAUACCUUAUCCAGUCUAAAAUGUCCAAAAAGGAGGCGAUAAAAACUGAAAAGGUGCAUGCCACCCGAUUUGCCAAAUUUAAUACAGCGUAUCUAAAAAAAAGUCGCCUGAGAUGCGAAAUACUCGAGUUCUGUGAGGAGGCGAACGACCUUUUGGUCCUGAUGAGUGAAUUGCAACAAGAACUAAAACGAAAUAUGAGUAUAUUCGAAGCACAGCGCAUAAGUAAGCUGGAAAGUCCAAUUGAAUUUUUAAUAUCUAUUGACGAGGCUUCUAAACUAAAUGCUGAGUUUCUGGAAUCGGGAAUGAAGCUAAAAACCGAUGAAAAUAGCAAGAAAUAAUUAUACUUCUGUUAAAGAAUUUGUAUUGUAAAUUAGUUAAUCGAAAAAUUAAAAAUGGCAUACAAAAGUUAA